AUGAUACAACAAAAAUAAUUAGAUUAUGUAACUAAUUUUUCAUGUUCUUAACACAUAGGAUAACCAAUAAAUACAAUACUAUUAGAUUAAAGCUUAUUAAUUGAAAAAAGAUUAUUGUGUUCCUAUUGUGUGGAAAAUAUUGAUUAAAAUUUAAAAACUAUUGAGAUUGAGAAAGCUUUGGAGAUAACUGAGUAGAAAGUCAGAGAAAAAUCAAGAAAUGAUUUAGACUUUGUUUAGUCUCAAAUUAUUAAUCUACAUAAACUAUAAAGUAAUGCAUGUCAAAUGAGAUCAUAUAUAAAUUCAUAAUUAGAAUCAAUAAUAUAAAUUAGCUCUGAUUGGAUAAAAGAGUUGAAAACUUUUAAUAACUAAUAUUAGAUGCAGAUUAUGAUCAAAGAACUUGAUAAUCUAUUGAAUUAUUAAAAUAAAGAAACCGAAAGAGAUUCAAAAUUAACAAUUACCAAGCUUCAUCAAAUUGCUGUAUUAUAAAGUUAUCAAAUGAGUAUCUACCUAGAGUAAUUUAGUUCCUUUUAAGAAUAUCAAGAGUGUCAGCAAAUUUUAGAAAUGAUGACUAAUAUUGAUAAAAUCAGAAUAUAGCAUUCUAUUUAGGAGGCUUCAAAAACAAAAAUUUAACCAUUUACAUUUGAAAUAAUCGCAUAGAACUCUAUCAAACAACCUGAAUAUUGCCAAGCCAUAGCUAUUAAUUAAGAUAACACACUAGUUUUGGUUGGAUGUGAAAAAGAGAUCAGAGUUUUUGAAUUAAUUUAGAAUAAACUUGUUCAAAUAGAUAUAUUAAAAGGACAUAAUGACUCUAUAUUUACACUUGAUUUUUUCAAGAAAUAAAAGAAUUCAUUCAUCUCUGGAUCUCGAGAUGACUCCAUAAUGAUAUGGUUAUAUCAAAAUGAAAUGAAAAAAUCUUGGUCAUGUUCUCAAUAAUUAGUAGGGCACACUUCCUCCAUACUUUGCUUAAUAUAUAAUUAGAAAGAAGAUUUAAUAAUAUCUGGGAGUGACGAUAAAACUAUAAAAUUUUGGAGCUACAAUCAAAAUUGUGAAAAUAACAAUAAAUAAUUAUGGUCUUGUUCCUAAACUAUAAGAAAACAUAGCAGUUAUGUUUAUGCAUUGUCUUUAAAUGAAGAUCAAACAAAAUUAAUCUCAUGUGGACUUGAUAAACUCAUUCUCGUUAUGGAAUUAUUAAAAACUUAAUACUCAUAUUCAUGGAUAGUAUUAUAAGAAAUAAAUGUUGAGAAUGAUGGAUAUCGUUUAUGUUUUAUAGAGAAUAAUAUUUUUGCCUUUCAACCAAGAUCAUACUCAAAAAUGGAUAUUUAUGAAAUUACUGGUAAUUCUGAAGGGCAAUUUUUGAAAACUAAAGAAAUAGAUGUAAAGGGAUAUAGUCAAUCUUGUGAUAAUCUUUUUCCUUCAAAAUUUUCUAUUUAAAAAUGUAUUCUUAUGAUUAAGAAUGGCAAAAAUGUCAAUUUAAUAAGAUGUGGAAAUUACUGUAAUGGAAACAUAGUUAGUGAAAGAUAAUUUUUUUUAGAAUAAGUUAUUGAAUUCGAUGAUAAUUGUAUUUAUGGUACACUUAGCGAUGAUGGACAAUAUUUGCUUACCUGGGAUUAUUUCACAAAAGAAAUAUAAAUUAGAUGUUUUCAAUCAAAAGAAUGA